AUGCAGGAGAUGAAUACAGAGGCUUCUAGCAGUCAAACACAUAUAGAACCAGAUAUAAAUAGAGUUGAUCCAGGAAGUAGUUCAUCACAUAUGCAAUGCCAGGAGCAAUUUAAUCUCGUCGAGGAGAUGUUCACUGACGCAUUAGGGGUGAAUGUAGCGUAUGAUGAACCACAAGACUUAGAUGGAGAAGAGCUCCCGAAUGAGAAAGCUCAAAGGUUUUAUCAGUUGUUGAAAGAAAUAAAUAUACCAUUGUUUGAGGGGUCUUCUGACUCUAAGCUAUCAAUGUGUGUGAGACUUUUGGCUGCGAAAUCAAAUUGGAAUGUUCCUGAUCAGUGUUUAGAAUUUUUUGCGAGAAUGAUGUUUUUGUCCCGAUGCAGGAUCGCAGUAUCGAUCAUAACAAAUAUUAUUAAAGAGAAGUACACACAAUUCUGGCCGUCUUAUAGAGUUGUACAUGAAGAUUAUAAGGAAAAAUGGUUUCAGGCAUUUCAGGAGCAAUGUAUUUGGGAUGUUAGAGAUGAGGCCGCGAUUAAAGAAAACUUUCACUCAAAAUGUGCUGCUCGGUUUUCUGAUACCAUGAGGAAUGUUAGACUCAAAUGGGAAGCAAAAGGGACACGUCCACGUUGGAUAGGAGAAGAUAUAUUCCCAAAGCUUAUUGAUCAUUGGAAUUCUGAUAAGUUUAAGGAAAUAUCUGAGCAGACAAAGAAAAAUAGAGCAUCUGAAGUUGGUGGCUGCAACUACGCAGCAGGAAGUAUUAGUGUGGCUGAAGUUGCGCGAAGGAUGCGUGAAGAAUUAGGCAGAACUCCACUUCUUAAUGAGCUCCACAUGGAGACUCAUCUCAAGAGAAAUGGAGAGUUUAUUGACGAGCGCGCAAAAAUCACACAAGAGAAUUUUGAUAGAGAACUUGCCCUAAAGUUGUCAGAGCAUCCUGAAAUACCGGAACCACCACCGGGGUAUCCUGUUGACCCUAGUAUUGGUUUUCAGACUUGGUAUAAGGUUUCAGGUGGAAAGAAGAAAAAUGGGAGAAUGUAUUGUACUGGAGGGUAUUCCAAAAAUAUCAAGCGGCGUAGUAGAGAUUUCAAAAUGAGAUAUGCUGAUAGAGAAGGAUCAUCCACUCCACCUAUAUUAACCGCCGAAAUGCUUGAAACUGUGAGAAACUUGGCAAAUACUGAGGCAGCACAACAAGUAGCAGCAAGAAAUUUGGAAAUUGAAGAGAUGAAGAGAAAACAAUUAGAGAUGCAGAAGGAAAUGCAAAGAAGAGAAAGAGAAUUACGGGAAGAAAUGAGGAGAGAAUUUCAGGAAGAAAUGAGGAGGCAGACACAAGAGUAUCAAGAAGCAAUGCGAAUUGCAAAUGAGCGGUCUCAAAGGUUUGAUCAAUUUUUUGCUUCACAAAAUAUGGGCGAUGGAUUUGGAGGAACUAGUGAAAAUAUGGUUGGUGGAUUUGGAGGAACUAGUGGAUAUGGAGGAGUUGAUGAAGAAGAGGAGGAACAAGAUGGAGGGAAUAAUUAA